CACCGAACGUGCGGGGUCCUGCGGCGCAGGGACAGGGGUAGCGCGGCCUCCGGAAGCGAGGGGGCGCUGUGCCAACGCGGGCACUGUGCGGGACGUCGCUCCUUCCGGCCCGGGAGGUGCGGCUGCCAUGGCGCGGAAUGUGUUGCUGACUUAGGAGGGACAAGGGCCCUCAGAACCAUGGCCGAGUGAGCCAGUUUGGUUCAGCUCCCGUGCUCACCCCCUGGCUUUGCAAGGAGCUAGUGGGACCCAUGUGUGAAUGGUUGGUGGUGGGUGAAGACAGAGUGAGAUCAGGGAUAAGGCCUGAGCUACCGAGAGCAAAUCACAGCCUAGUUACCAGUGAGGAGGAGACCCAAGAGUUUCACUUGAGGUACCCCCUCUACCAGCUGGGUGGCCCCCAGCUCCGUGUAUUCCGAACCAACUUCUUUAUCCAGCUGGUGCGGCCUGGUACUGCCCAGCCUGAAGAUACUGUGCAGUUCCGGAUCCCCAUGGAGAUGACCAGGGUGGACCUCCGGAAUUACCUUGAGCAAAUUUACAAUGUUCCUGUGGCUGCUGUGCGCACGCGGGUGCAGCAUGGCUCCAACAGGAGGAGGGACCACAAGAACGUAAGAAUCAAGAAGCCGGACUACAAAGUGGCCUACGUGCAGCUGGCCCAUGGGCAGACCUUCACCUUCCCAGAUCUUUUUCCAGAGAAAGAGCCCAGUCCUGCAGACCCUCUGGAAGAGGAGCCUCAGCAGCAGAGGCAGAGCAGCGACCCCCGGUGCCCUGGUAUCCCUUCUUGGUUUGGCCUAUGACCUGUGGGACUGGACCACACCUAGUAAGCACAGUAGUUCUGACAAACCCAAAUAAAAAUCCUUUGUGGAGAAAGAACUGGA